AAAACUUCAGACAAAGCCAGAUCAUCAAUGAGAAUUGGUUCCCCCUUUCUCGUACACACUUGAUAACAGGUUCGCGGCGUUACCAGUCAUUAUGGCAUUGUACGCUCGAGCUAAACUGCAUUGAAAACUUUGGUCGAUGAUUGCAGGGUCGCCUGUGUGCGUUUGGUUCAUCUCUCCGGCAUCAAUUGGAUUGCCUGCGGGAGGCCGGAGCAGAUGGCGCUGGAAUAGCUCCUCCUCCGCCGAUUUGCUUUCGUAGGGGAAGAAACAGGAAGUGGAUGGUGAGGAGGGAGCGAGUGCAAGCCGGGUCAGCUGCUCUCUUAGCCGGGCGUCUUGGUUCCGUUUGGCCGCUCCCUCUUUGAUGGUGUUGCCUCUUGGAGAGCAGAUCGCAGGAGACCCGUGGCGGGAGAUAGAAAUAGCCUGCUGGAGCCUACCGAGAGGCGGGAUUCAUGAAAUGGCCACAGAUGACAAAACGUUCCCCACACUGGAAUCUGUGAAUGAUUUGCCUUACUCUCCUGGCAGCCCAUCUCACCUGACGCACUUCAAACCUUUGACUCCUGACCAGGAUGAGCCUCCAUUUAAAUCUGCAUACAGUUCUUUUGUAAAUCUUUUUCGCUUCACUAAGGAUGAUGGACGACUUGCACCCUCUGUUGAGAGAACAGAGAUUGGGCAGGGGGAUCAUCAGCAGACACUGAAUGCAAAUUGGUCAAGCCCAGAACACUCCUCAAGAUCGCAGUCGUUGAGGUCAUCCCCUAUAGCUUACAAAAAAACACAACCUGCGGGGGAGCUGCAGCGACGAUCUUCUACAUCAUUAGACAAUCGAAGAAAAGAUCCUCCUCUUAGUGGUCAUGAUCCUAGGACAGCUGUUCAACUUAGAAGCCUCAGUACAGUUUUAAAACGCCUCAAAGAAAUCAUGGAAGGAAAAAGCCAGGACAGUGACCUCAAACAAUACUGGAUGCCAGAUAGCCAGUGUAAAGAGUGUUAUGACUGUAGUGAAAAAUUCACUACUUUUAGACGCAGACAUCACUGUCGGUUAUGUGGGCAAAUUUUCUGUAGCCGAUGCUGUAACCAGGAAAUCCCUGGAAAAUUUAUGGGUUACACAGGUGAUCUGAGAGCUUGCACUUAUUGUCGCAAAAUAGCCUUAAGCUAUGCACACUCCACAGAUGGUAACACCAUUGGGGAAGACUUGAACUCUUUAUCUGAUUCAUCAAGCUGUUUGUCAGUAUUGGAUCCUGGGGAACCCCGUACUCCUGUAGGUAGCAGAAAAGCUAGUCGUAAUAUUUUCCUGGAAGAAGAUCUUGCCUGGCAAAGCUUGAUUCAUCCAGAUUCUUCAUCCUCUACCUUAUCAACACGUCUUGGAUCAGUUCAGGAGGAAACAGGGAAGUCUCCUGCACGGAAUAGAUCGGCUAGCAUAACUAACCUGUCUCUGGAUCGAUCGGGGUCUCCCAUGGUGCCUUCCUAUGAGACAUCUGUCAGUCCACAAACUAAUCGAACCUACAUGAAGGAGACCAGUGAGGACGAACGCAAACUUCUUCUGGACUCAGUUCAGUUAAAGGAUUUGUGGAAGAAAAUAUGCCAUCACAACAGUGGGAUGGAGUUUCAAGAUCAUCGCUACUGGCUGCGUACCCACCCCAACUGCAUUGUAGGAAAGGAGCUGGUCAAUUGGCUUAUAAGGAAUGGCCACAUCACUACUAGAGCUCAAGCAAUUGCAAUAGGGCAGGCUUUAGUAGAUGGGCGUUGGCUGGAUUGCGUCAGUCACCAUGAUCAAAUCUUUAGAGAUGAGUAUGCACUCUACAGACCAUUACAGAGCACAGAAUUUUCUGAAACUCCUUCUCCAGACAGCGACUCUGUCAACUCCGUGGAGGGCCAUUCUGAGCCAUCGUGGUUCAAAGACAUAAAAUUCGAUGACAGUGACACAGAGCAAAUUGCAGAAGAAGGAGAUGACAAUCUGACUAAUUCUGCCAGCCCUAGCAAGCGUACCUCAGUCAGCAGCUUCCAGUCUGCCAUGGACAGCGACUCAGCUGCUUCCAUCAGCCUGAAUGUGGAGCUGGACAACGUGAACUUCCAUAUCAAGAAGCACUCCAAAUACCCACAUGUGCCCCCUCAUCCUGCUGACCAGAAAGAGUAUAUGAUUGCUGACAAUGGAGGACAACAGAUGAUCUCAAUAAGUGAUGCAUUCAUCAAAGAGUCACUUUUUAAUCGGAGGGUUGAAGAAAAAUCCAAAGAGCUUUUCUUCACACCCCUAGGCUGGCAUCACAGCAAUCUGGAUCUGCUGAGGGAGGAAAAUGGGGAAAAACAGGCCAUGGAGAGGUUGCUCUCUGCUAAUCAUAACCACAUGAUGGCUCUGCUUCAACAGCUGCUAUACAACGAAGCGUUGUCCCUCUCUUGGCGAGAUAUCAUUGUGCCGGUGGUCUGCCAGGUGGUUCAGACGGUGCGACCUGAUGUCAAGAACAGAGAUGAUGACAUGGACGUUCGCCAGUUCGUCCAUAUCAAAAAAAUUCCAGGUGGAAAAAAAUUUGAUUCAGUAGUGGUGAAUGGCUUUGUAUGCACCAAAAACAUAGCACAUAAAAAGAUGAAUUCCUAUAUUAAAAACCCCAAAAUCCUUCUGCUGAAGUGUUCCAUUGAAUAUCUCUACCGAGAAGAAACAAAGUUUACAUGCAUAGAUCCCAUCGUCCUCCAGGAAAGGGAGUUUUUGAAAAAUUAUGUUCAACGAAUAGUGGAUGUCAGACCUACUUUGGUCUUGGUUGAAAAAACAGUGUCCCGUAUUGCUCAAGACCUGCUUCUGGAACAAGGAAUUACUUUGGUCAUUAAUGUUAAACCUCAUGUUCUGGAUCGAGUAAGUCGGAUGACCCAGGGAGAUGUACUGAUGUCAAUGGAUCAGUUGUUAACCAAACCACACCUUGGGACCUGCCAUAAAUUUUAUAUUCAGGUGUUCCAGUUACCUAAUGAGCAAACAAAAACUCUGAUGUUUUUUGAAGGUUGCCCUCAACACCUGGGCUGCACUGUCAAGCUGCGUGGUGCAGGAGAGUAUGAAUUGGCUCGAGUGAAGGAGAUCCUUAUUUUUAUGAUCUGUGUGGCCUAUCAUUCCCAGUUGGAGAUCUCCUUCCUUAUGGACGAGUUUGCCAUGCCUCCUCAGUUGAAUAAAAAUGGUUCCUUCCAGAGUCUGAUGGAAGAACAGGGGGAAGAAGAAGGGCAGCAAGAUCUGCUGAACAGAGAAUUUGACACAGUAGGAAAAGAGGCUGAUGUAGUCUCAGACAAGUUGCCUGUUAUAUCUGAAUCUGUGUCUCUAGAUGAGAUAGGCUCCCUUGAAGAACAGACUUUGACAGAAGAGGAUGACCAGAUCAGUGGUGAUUUACAAGAAGCUGCUCUCCAGAAGCAGCAAGGGUAUCCUCUGGUGGAUUCGUUUUACAGACCAAAAAUAAUUACUGAAGCACUUUUACCUCUUGACUUGACUGAACAACAACUAGGAAUUUUAGAUACAGAACAGCUGGAACUUCUAGGGGUAAUUAAUGACUACCAGGAACCUAAAAGUCAGGCCAGGGAGUUUAGAGAUCCUUUGCAAGAUGACACUGGGUUGUACAUCACAGAGGAAGUGACUUCCUCUGAAGAUCGUCUCAAAACUUUUUCUUUAGCAUUUAAACAAGAACUGAAGGAUGUUAUUCUCUGUAUUUCCCCAGUAAUCUCAUUCCGUGAGCCAUUUCUGUUAACAGAGAGAGGCAUGAGAUGUCCCACUAGAGAAUAUUUCUCAGAGCAGGUUUUUUUUUCUCCUCUGCUCAACAAGGAGUACAAAGAACUGGAUAUCAGAAGGAAGAAACAAUUGUUAAGGGAUCUCUCUGGACUACAAGGGAUGAAUGGAAGCGUCCAAACCAGGCCUAUCCAGAUUCUACCUUCUCAUGAACUUGUUAGCACCAGAAUUGCUGAGCCUCUGAACAGUAGCUCAAGCUUGGCCAGAUUGGUAGCUGACUUCCGAGCCAGAGGAGGAAGGAUUGUGCAGAAAGACUGCGCAGACCCAUUUGUUCAAUCUAAAGAAACAUCUGCUGUGAAAUUAGGAGUCAGGAGUGAAGAUGAUGAAAAGAUGUUCAUUCAAAAUGAAUCUCUAUGGUCUCAAAAAGUGGACUGCCUUAGCUGUACAAACCAUCAGAGACUGUGUGUUUUGUUCAGUAGUUCUUCAUCCCAGUCUGGCAAUGCUCCAAGUGCCUGCGUUAGCCCAUGGAUGGUAGUAAUGGAGUUCUAUGGGAAGAAUGAUCUCACUUUAGGAGUAUUUCUAGAAAGAUAUUGUUUCAGGCCCUCCUAUCAGUGCCCAAAUAUGUUCUGCGAAACACCAAUGGUGCACCACAUCCGUCGCUUUGUCCAUGGACAAGGCUGUGUACAAAUCAUAUUGAAGGAAUUGGAUUCUCCGGUGCCUGGUUAUCAGCAUACAAUUCUCACUUAUUCCUGGUGUAGACUUUGCAAGCAGGUAACACCUGUGGUUCCACUUUCCAAUGAUUCGUGGUCUAUGUCCUUUGCCAAAUACCUUGAACUCCGCUUUUAUGGCUACCAAUAUACCCGAAGAGCCAAUGCUGAACCAUGUGGCCACUCCAUGCAUCAUGACUACCACCAGUAUUUUUCCUAUAAUCAGAUGGUGGCAUCUUUCAGCUAUUCUGCUAUACGGUUACUGGAGGUAUGUGUUCCUCAUCCUAAGAUCUAUAUCAAACGUCAAGUACCACUGAAGAUUACCAUGCUUCAAGAUCUGAAAGACUUUUCUCAGAAGAUUUCUCAGGUGUAUAUUGCUGUUGAUGAGCGCCUCACUUCUUUGAAAACAGAUACAUUUAGCAAAGCAAGGGAGGAGAAGAUGGAAGAUCUCUUUGCCCAAAAGGAGAUGGAGGAAGUGGAAUUUAGAAACUGGAUAGAGAAAAUCCAAGCAAGGAUGCUUUCUUCUUCAUUUGACACUCCUCAGCAGCUGCAUUCAAUUUCUGAAUCUUUAAUAGCCAAAAAGCAAAGUCUCUGUGAGAUGUUGCAAGCAUGGAAUAACAGGCUGCAAGAUCUCUUCCAGCAAGAAAAAGGGAGGAAGCGCCCCUCUGUGCCACCGAGUCCUGGGAGAUUAAGGCAAGGUGAUGAGAAUAAGAUCAGUUCAAUGGAUGCAUCUCCUCGCAACGUUUCUCCAGCACUUCAGAAUGGUGAGAAAGAAGAUCGUUUCUUGACUACUCUGUCCAGCCAGAGUUCUACCAGUUCUUCUCUGCUCCAGCUUCCCACUCCUCCAGAGGUUGUAUCUGACCAAUUGACAGGAGGGUCCACCUCUGCCAAUAUUCUCUCUGAUCCAGAUGCAGCUGGCAGCUCAGAAGAUGUGUUUGAUGGGCAUUUGCUAGGCUCUGUGGAUAGUCAGGUGAAAGAAAAAUCUACCAUGAAGGCUAUUCUAGCAAAUCUGUUACCUGGAAAUAGCUACACUCCGAUUCCAUCCCCCUUUGAGCCUGACAAGCAUUACUUAAUGUAUGAGCACGAACGAGUUCCUAUUGCUGUCUGUGAAAAGGAACCAAGCUCCAUCAUCGCCUUUGCUCUCAGUUGCAAGGAAUACAAAAAUGCCUUAGAUGAAUUAUCAAAAUUGUUUUUGAAGAGCAGUAUUGAAGAAGGAUUUCAGUCAAACAGUAUGGCUGAGAGCAGAGUGAAGACCAACAGUCCAGUCCGAAUACCUGAAACGAAUGUGGGGCAGGCAAGCCAAACAACUGAAGCUGAACAAUCAAAGAAGCCAUAUGGAGUUCUGUCCUUCUUCCGUGGCACAGGAGGGAAAAGUCCAGAUCUAUCUUCUCAGAAAAAGGAGACCUUGCGUGGAGCUGACAGUGCCUACUACCAAGUUGGGCAGACAGGGAAAGAGGGGGCAGAGAACCAAGGAGCAGAAACUCAAGAUGAAAUAGAGGGAAGUGACGCACAAAAGAAGCAGCUUGGAAAUCCACAUGUUGAACUUCAAUUCUCCGAUGCUAAUGCCAAGUUUUACUGCAGGAUUUACUAUGCAGGGGAGUUCCAUAAAAUGCGUGAAGUGAUUCUUGGAAGUAGUGAAGAAGAUUUUAUCCAUUCUCUCUCUCACUCACUGCCUUGGCAGGCAAGAGGAGGGAAAUCAGGAGCUGCUUUUUAUGUGACUGAAGAUGACCGAUUCAUCUUGAAACAAAUGCCUCGCCUGGAAGUCCAGUCCUUUCUUGACUUUGCCCCGCAUUACUUCACAUACAUUACUAAUGCCGUUCAACAAAAGAAACCCACAGCUUUGGCCAAGAUUCUUGGUGUUUAUCGAAUAGGCUAUAAAAACUCUCAGAACAACACAGAAAAGAAGCUUGAUCUGCUGGUCAUGGAAAACCUCUUCUAUGGCAGAAAAAUGGCUCAGGUUUUUGACCUGAAAGGUUCUCUGCGAAAUAGAAAUGUGAAAACUGACACAGGAAAAGAAAGUUGUGAUGUGGUUCUGCUGGAUGAAAAUUUGUUGAAGUUGGUGCGUGAUAAUCCCUUGUACAUCCGUUCUCACUCCAAGGCUGUGUUGAAGGCUUCCAUUCACAGCGAUUCUUACUUCCUCUCCAGCCAUCUCAUAAUCGAUUAUUCUCUUCUCGUGGGCAGGGAUGAUACCACUAAUGAACUUCUUGUUGGAAUUAUCGAUUACAUUCGCACAUUUACUUGGGAUAAAAAACUUGAAAUGGUGGUGAAGUCAACAGGGAUCUUAGGAGGACAAGGUAAAAUGCCAACUGUGGUAUCUCCGGAAUUGUACCGUACUAGAUUUUGUGAAGCAAUGGAUAAGUACUUUUUGAUGGUACCGGAUCACUGGACAGGCCUGGGCUUGAACUGCUAAGAUAAAAUGGUACAACGGAAUGAUUUCUUCUGAUUCAAAAAGGAUAUAACAGAGGACUGUCUUUCUCCAUUCCCAUCCUCAGCUCACCUCUGACAUCAGCAGCUCAAGGGUCUUCUGCUACAGCCUUCAUAGCUAGGCUUUCUUGCCAUAUGAAUUUGCUCUUGAGAUGCCAGCACCGCAGUGGAAGAAGCAUUUGGUUUUCCGAAUCAGAAUGUUAACUUCCACGAAACCUGAAAUGGACAGGUCUGGGACCAAGGGGGAGCUUGUCAGAAAUUACGCGGCAUUGUAUUGAUGCACUGAUUAGCCAGUGGCUUUUGUGAACAAUCAAAACAAUGGUCUUAAUCAUAGGGGGCAUACUGGCCCCGCCAACUGCAGUUUUGAUUCUGUUGUCUUUAAUCAUGAGGAACCAAGCGAGACUGUUAAUAGUGCUGCCCCUGUGGUAGGAGUUUAUUUUGUAAGCGUUAUUGUGUAUUGUGUGAUUUGUUACGCACUGGAUUUAUUUUGCAAUUUUCCGUUGAGCAGUAUUUUGAUUAUUUUAAUCAUUUCAUACAUCCCAUAUGGCCAUUUGGAGCCCUGUUUUAAUGUUGUACAGUUUUUGUAUGGUCUGAUAUUUUAUUGGAGGGCUACUUCUCUUUAUGAAUUCUAAUUUAGGCUUGAAACAAAUUUCAGAAAAGUUCAGGUUCAAAUAUAUAUGUGCCCCAAAGGUAAAUAUUUUCUCAAGUGGAACCUCUGUGGUUGAGUGUCAGUCUCAAACCACUAGGUGUUACUUUAAAAUAUGCCUUUAACUCUUAUUCCAUUCUCUCUUUUUGUCACAGCAAAAUAUUGGGAUGUUUUUGAUCAGAUUUUAUUUUACUUCAAUAACUAAUAGCUACUUGAUAAAAACAUUAUCCUAGUUUCUUUUCAUUUUAGCGCCAUUUGAGGAAUGUACUAUUGAUGUUGCUGUGCUGCACAUACUCAGGUUGUAUUAAUAAAUUAGGCUGUUAAAACAGUAGUUCCUUUGGCACCACAAAACAUUUGCAGUUGUGGUAGAUGCUCUGAACAAGAAAAGAAACAGGAGGAGGUAUGAGGAGGAUAUGGGUGGGUGGCAAAUUAGACUUCAUGGGUAAAGAUUUGGGUACUUUUACAAAUUGAGAGUAAGCACUUUUUUUAGUAUUUUUUGUAAAUACAAAAUGUUUACUACAUUAAAAACAUGUGUCAUUAAGCAGAUAAAUUUGUAGCCUUACUGAUUGUCUACCACUUGGCUUGAGCCCAAGUUGUUGGUUGAAUUGAUGUAAGUUUUCCCUUUUGAUUACUCUUCUGGUUGCAGCCAGGAGCCUUAAACCUACACUAUUUUUCAUAGCCUAAGGAAAAUUACAGCAUUCCAAGGAGUCAUUAAAUUCUGGCUUAGAGACAGUUGAUGAUGCAUGUGUGGACUAGGUUGUAGGUUGGAUUUUUCAUGGGGAAGUUAAAAUCUUAAAUCUGCUUUUGUGACUAGUCUUGUUUAAAUUUGUCUGAAGUAAUAAAAUUUUUUAUAUGAAACCAGAUAAUCAUUUGAAUAAAUUAAUGUUUAUAACCAAGUUUUUAUUCUGUUUAUAUUCAUUUUAUUUAUUUAUUUAUUUAGGGCUAUUGAGUAAAAGUCAUUAGCUUUGAUAUCAGUGAAAAAACACAUUCCUUAAUUAUUCAUUACUUAAGCAGCAGUAUUAGUAUUUAGUUGGUACAAAGUAAUUUGAAACAAAUGUCUGAAUUUAAAGAACAAAAUAUAGCAUGAAGUAACUUUCCAUGGAUCACUUCUUUUGCUAAUUAUCCAGAGGUCAAAAUAUUUGUAGGCAGUUGUGAGUAAUGAAUAUGCAUAUUAAUACACAAGUAGCAACUGAAAAUGUCAUAUUCGAAUUCUAAUGUAACUUCCUUGCCAUAAUUGAAGCAUAUACACACAUGUACACCCUACACACGCAUCUGUCCUGAUAUACACAAUACACCCAACUAAUGUAACUUCCAACAAGAAUUAAGGGUGAUUGGAGUUCUGCAUCAUGGAAAAAUAUUCAGGAGCACCUUAGCUAGAAAGUAAAGCAGUUUUUUUCUUUUUAAAAUGAAUUCUGUUGAAGAUUGUCCAUAACAUUUCAAAUUCUGUUAAUAGUGAUUUCUUUACAUUUUGAAAAAAAUAAUAAAUACCACUCAACAUUUUAUACCAGAAAUUUGUAUGGUGGUCCCCCAAAUCUUGAUACGUUAUUUAGUUUGUCACCUCUUUAAAUUGAUAUGGAGUGUUAACACAGUAUUCUGGAAGCAAAUAUUUUGAACAGUAUUCAAGUUGUACUCACUCUGAUAUGUUCCUUUUAAUUUUGAUAUGUAUAGAUUUCUUGUGUCUUUUGUGUCUAAUUAAGCCUAUAAUUGUGGGAAAGAUAUACUUCAUUAACUAUUCAGUUAGCAAUGGUAAGGGGUUAUGUGCAUAACACGCAACUUAAUAGGUGAUCCAUAUUCCUACAACCUAAACAAUGGGCAUUGUUUAAUAUACUCCAACAAAUUAUCUGUGUUACAAUUGGGAAAAAUAAUUGAAUCAAAAUGUUAAAAAAUACCAUGUUAACCAUAAAAUAUUUUCAGAUUAUUUAUUUAAUGUAUAUAAUGUGCAUAUUUUUAUCAGUUGAGAUUUUUUUUAUGAUUCUGAUAUGUUAAGCUAUUUAAAUACAUUUGUCCAUUUACAAAAUUAUGUAUAGAGAGUGUAACAAUAAAAUA